AUCCGUCAGGUCUCGAAAUCACUCUAUGCUGAAUUGAACUUCCAGAGAUGAUUCGGGUGGCAGUCCCGUUAGGGCUUUUACUCUUGGUGGUGGUCCAACACAAUGUCAACUCGAUGUCCAUGAUUCGGAGAAAAAUCAUGGGUAAAUCUCGAAAUGAUAUGGCGGCUCGCGGCGUCAUGCCGAUGGCCCGCAAAUACUUGCAUCAUAGGAACUCCAAGGCUUUCGGCGAUGCUCCAGCAGCCGAGUCCGAUCAAGUGAUUGAAGUAGCUUUCGCUGUCAAAGUGCGUAAGAAAGGCCCGAGUGACCCUGGUGAGAGUAUCGAGGACGAUCUCGACCAUGAAGUAGAAGAAGUGGAAGAAACAUCGCGACUCCCUAGCAGGCAAUUUCUUCACGGCCUCCGGGUCGUGGGACUCGUGUCCAUGAUGAUCAUGAAGGUCGUGUGCGUGAUGUUCAUGGAUGUCGUGUCCGUGAUGUUCAUGGAUGUCGUGUCCGUGAUGUUCAUGAAGGUCGUGUGCGUGAUGUGCAUGAAGGUCGUGUCCGUGAUGUUCAUGGAUGUCGUGAUGUACAUCAUGCCCGUGGAAAUCAUGUCCGUAGUGUCCGUGAAGGUGAUGGUCCCCGUGAUGGUAAAGACCAUGGUGGAGAACAAAUACGUGGUUGUUGCCGUGGCCACCGUCCUCAUGGAAGAUCACUCUUUCACGUUCUAUACCAUGAUGCUCAAUCCCGUGAUGCCCCACUCCGUGAUGCUCGAGCAAGUGCUGUUCCUCACCAUGGUGCUCCUCUCCGUGGUUCUCCCCGCCAUGGUGUUCAUCUCCGUGGUGCUCCCCGCCAUGGUGUCCCUCUCCGUGGUAUUCCCCGUCGUGUCCAUGAUGAUCGUCCAGGUAGUGAUCGUGAUCAUCUGCGUGAAUAUCUUCUAUUGA